UUAGUCAUACGGAUCACGUUGAGGUUUCCUAUAAAUGAGUCCUGGGCGCACCGAAGCGUCAGGAAGAAGCCAAAGAGACCGGUGAAACUGACCAGAGGAACUCGGAUCUCAAGACCUGCCAGUUCACCCUGGAGAAUGGAAAGCGUAAAAGCCAUCCUUGUGCUGAUCGUGGUGUUUGCACAGGCUUACUGCGACGAGGAGCCGUCGUUGGCCGCGGACGGGGGCUCCUGGAACCUCGACAGCGAGAACUGGCAGGAUAAUUUACCAGAAGACAACAACCUUAUCCAACAGUUUGCGCGCCUGGUAAAAAGAGCAAAAUUUGAUAAAUUCUAUGGCUUAAUGGGGAAACGUUCUUCUGGCCCAACACAAGCUGGUAUCGUUGGACGUAAAAGACAAAAGGGAGAGAUGUUUGUUGGACUUAUGGGACGUCGGUCUUCAAGUGCUGAGACACCAUCUGAGUGGGAAAAAACUCAGCACCAUGGAAGAAGGCGCAAAUAAUAUAGUGCAAAUGCAAAACUACAGGAAUGCCCUCUAUACCAUGCCAUCAGGAAGGGCAUCGUUUUUGGCUAAAAAGCCAGUAACUCAAAAUUUGUGUUUAAGUUUCUCGGAAUUUACCAACCAUCAAGGCUGAUGCAAAACCUCCACUUAAACAAUUCUCCUUGUGUAAUUUGUCAAAGUUGUUAGGUAUUUUAGUAUCCUUAUGUGAAUCUUUUCAGUUAAAGUUCACAAAGACGCAGGAACCCAAAUCAAACCAUAAUUAUGAUUCUCAGUAAUAUAUAAUGCCUCAGAUAUUGCACAGGGUCUGCGUCCUAUAGAAUUGGACAACAAAUGUACUUACUAAUAUAUUUUUGAAACUUGAAUUCAAAAAAAUGCUGAUGAUCUGAAGUCAUAAUAGUGGGUUGGAAGUGGAUCCGGCUCUGUGGUAUAAGUGUACUGUUAAUUUCAUGGUUUUAAUUCAGUUAGAUUUAAAGUUAAAAUUCUUAACAUUAGGACUCAUAUUUAAAUGCCAUUUGUUUAAAACAGAGCUUUGACAAUAGUUACACAUUUAUCAAUAGUCAGCUGUAGUAAGAAAGAAUAAAAGUUCAAGUAACAUUAAUGUAAAAUAGUUUUUUUACAAUCACUUUUAAAAACCCAUAGAUCAAAUAGGUACAUAGUGUGUACUUAUCAAGAUCCAGACAUGUGAGGUUUGGUAUUCAUUCAAUUGGCUAUUAUUAAGUUAAACAGCAAACAAAAGAAUGCAUUGAGUCAACAGUUUUAUGAUCUGUGAUGUACCAACAUUUUUACUUGUAGGAAACAGCAGCAGCAGUCCACAUUACCAACAAAAAUAUUUAUUUUCCGUGUCUGA